AUUCUUGAGCAGAGCAGAGGGACGAGCACGAGCUCGAGCUCGAGGAGGAGUUUGAGGACGAGAAUUGGGUGCACUUUUUGAAGGUGGAAUGAUUCGGGGAGGAUUGGAGGAGGGCAGCGAGAGCGCAGGCGGAGCUAUGGCCCGUGUCCUUGAAGCGGAGAUUCUCGAUAUUUGAGUCGUGAUUGCGGAGGUUUUGGAAAGAGGAGAAGAGAGAGCGAUCGCGUCGAGCGCUGCUGGAAGGAAGGAAGGAAGGAGUGGAGGGUGUGCCGAGGGGUGAAGAGGUUGGGAAUUGUUUGGAGGGAGAGAUUUUUAGUUUGGGUCGGUAAGUUUGGAACCAUGAGGUUGGUGAAGGUUGCGACUUGCAAUUUGAAUCAAUGGGCGAUGGAUUUCACUGGAAAUUUGGCCCGCAUUCGCUCGUCGAUAGAGAAGGCGCGUGAAGCGGGUGCAGUGCUCAGAGUGGGUCCGGAGCUGGAGAUUUGUGGUUAUGGCUGCGAAGAUCACUUCCUUGAGCUCGACACCUGCACGCACUCGUGGGAGUGCUUGGGUGAAAUCUUGAAGUCGGGCCUGACUGAUGGCAUUGUGUGCGAUAUCGGGCUUCCAGUUGUGCAAGGAGGUGUACGAUACAAUUGCAGGGCUUUUUGUCUCGAUGGUCAACUUCUGUUGAUUCGUCCAAAGGUGAAUUUGGCGAAUGAUGGGAACUAUAGGGAGCUGCGAUGGUUUUCAGCGUGGAAAAAUCCUGGUCAGCUGGUUACAUACCACCUCCCUGAAAUCAUCUCGGCCAUUCACGGCCAAAAAACAGUGAAAUUUGGAGAUGGUUACUUACAAUUUGAUGACACAUCUGUUGCAUCGGAGACCUGUGAAGAGCUUUUUACCCCAAUCUCGCCACACAUCAACCUUGCUUUGAAUGGUGUUGAGAUAAUCGCCAAUGGAAGUGGAAGCCAUCAUCAGCUCAGGAAACUGAACACUCGGUUGGAGCUUAUGCAGCAUGCAACAAGCAAAGUUGGAGGAGUAUACUUGUAUGCCAAUCAACAAGGCUGUGAUGGAGGUCGUCUAUAUUAUGAUGGGUGUGCAUCUGUGGUUGUAAAUGGUGAUGUUGUGGCACAAGGCUCUCAAUUUUCACUCCAGGACGUGGAAGUUCUUAUUGCUUCUGUAGACCUUGAUACUGUUGUGAGUUAUAGAGGAGCAGGGAGCAGUCUUAGAGAACAAGCGAGUGCUCUUCUUCCUAAGCUUCCUUACGUGAAAGUUGAUUUCAAGCUUUCAAAGUCGAGCAAUAUGCUCUCCGAAUUUGCUACCUUACCUGUAGAGGUUCGAUAUCAUAAUCCACCUGAGGAAAUUGCCCUGGGACCUGCGUGUUGGUUGUGGGAUUAUUUGAGGCGUAGUGGAGCAACAGGAUAUCUGCUCCCUCUUUCUGGAGGUGCUGACAGCUCGUCAGUUGCUGCAAUUGUGGGCUCUAUGUGUCAACUCGUAAUUAAAGCCAUUCAGGAAGGUAAUCAGCAAGUUUUGUCAGACGCUCUACGUAUUGGGCAGUACAAGGAUGACGAAAUGCCGGAAUCUGCUCAAGAGUUCGCCGGUCGAUUGCUUCAUACCAUGUACAUGGGAUCAGAAAACAGCUCGGACGAGACUAGAAAGAGAGCCGAACAGCUUGCAAGAGAAGUUGGGUCGUCUCACCUGAAUAUCAAGAUUGACCUUGUGGUGUCAGCUCUUCUGACACUCUUUUCGACCGUAACGGGGUGUAUGCCUCGAUAUAAGGUGGCUGGAGGUAGUCAGCCAGAAAAUCUGGCGCUGCAGAAUAUACAAGCUCGGAUUCGCAUGGUCAUAGCAUUCAUGUUUGCUUCUCUCUUACCUUGGAUACGGAAAAAAUCCGGUUUCUUACUCGUUCUUGGUAGCGCCAACGUUGAUGAAGGCCUUCGUGGUUAUCUUACCAAGUACGAUUGCAGUUCAGCCGAUAUCAAUCCUAUUGGUGGUAUCAGUAAACAGGAUUUGCGCUCCUUUCUAAGGUGGGGUGCGAAUAAUCUUGGUUAUCCAAGCUUACUUCUUGUUGAGACAGCCGUUCCUACAGCAGAACUAGAACCCAUUACUGCGGACUAUACACAGAGCGACGAAGCUGAUAUGGGUAUGACUUAUGAAGAACUUGGCAUGUAUGGACGCUUACGCAAGGUGUUCGAGUGUGGACCUGUUUCCAUGUUCAAGCACCUAUGCCACCGUUGGCAAGGUAGACAUACUCCUGCAGAAGUGGCAGUUAAAGUGAAAGAUUUCUUCCGAUUUUACUCGAUGAAUAGACAUAAGAUGACUACACUUACACCUUCAUAUCAUGCUGAGAACUAUUCACCCGAAGAUAAUCGUUUUGAUCUUCGACAGUUUCUUUACAAUACUCGCUGGCCCUGGCAAUUCAAGAAGAUUGACGAACUUGUAGAAAUAAACGAUGAGGUUACUUCAGCAGACCAAAGUAAACGUGAACCAACUGAAGCCGAAGCUGCAGGUCGUAUGGCUACAGGCUUGGGCGUACCAGCAGCUGCUGCUGGAAACUCUUCAGUAGGACAGGGAACGUGAGUGGGAUUGAGAUUUCAAACCAAUCAGGAUGCUAACUUUCCGAGCGUUUUGAGGGUUAGGCGAACAGUACAACGGGAAUGAGGGUCACUGAAUUUGAGAUGAGAAAUUGGAAGAAAGAAGAUGCAUAUUCAGUGAAAUAUCACAAUUCUGCGCGCUUGUCCUGAAAAUGUCGAAACUUUUCAGUCACAACAUUUCCUAGAAUUGUCAACUCUGAAUCAAUCAUGACGGAAGACGUGUUGGGCUUUCAACUGGUCUCCAUAAUAAAUAUUGAAAGUACUUUUCACGACGAAAUGAAACUAGUGAGCAAAUGAGCAAUAAGUUGAGCUGCUGUCGUCAGUAAUUGUCAUCUUAGCUGGACGUGCAUGUAUUUAUCAUUCAA